CUCCAUCUCUCAAACUCCCACCUUUUACAGUCUCGGCUGUGUCGCAAGAGCCGUUAUUACUCUCAGUCACCAGCAUCGAAGAAGACACGGUACUGCGAUUCUCGUCCAACUUUUGACGAUCUUCCUCACGAGCAGGGUUCACCUCCGACCCAGCCACAGCAGUAGUCAGAGGGGCAGCUGUAAAUGAGCCAGAGGUCUCCAAGUUCUGAGGAGAUAUGGAGCCGGCAAGACUUGAUUCACUGCUCAGAUCCUCCACAAAGACCAGCCGGUACGGCGAAGUCCCCGUUUUAUUUUCUCCCGGCACAACCGCUGCAGACGACAAUUGACGAUCCUUGUCUUUGUCAGUUGAGGGAUCGUUGGUAGUUGUAUCAGCGUGUGUAGCGUCCUCGGUUGCUGGUGCACUAUUGCAGCUCACACCCUCCCUCACCUUCCCCACUCCCCACCUCUCCCCCAGUCUCACCACCAUCCCCUGUCAUCAUCGCCUCAUCAGACAUGACCUAAACAGCAGGACUUCUGUCCGUUCAGCAAGAAAUUGAGGACCGAAGUUAAACUGCAGAUAAAACGUCAGACUUUCUUUCUAGAGCUCUUUCCUGGACUGCGUGUCGGCUAGACUGCCACCGCGUGAAGUCGUACGUAGUAGUCCCGAGCGCCCCUGCAAAUUAAUUUGUUAAGCGCGCACUUAUUAGCACUUACUACUAUUUUUGCGCUUACCGGACAAGAUGGCUCAACCAAAAGGAGUGCAUUUGGAAACUUCCAUGGGGGAAGUUGCAGUUGAGCUGUACUGGAAACAUGCUCCCAAAACAUGCAGAAACUUUGCUGAGCUGGCGCGGAGUGGGUACUACAAUAACUGCAAGUUCCACCGCAUCAUAAAGGAAUUCAUGAUCCAGGGAGGAGACCCAACCGGCACUGGCAGAGGAGGAUCAUCCAUUUAUGGGGGGCAGUUUGAGGACGAACUAUCGGAAGAUUUGAAACACACAGGUGCUGGCAUCAUAUCCAUGGCCAACAGUGGGCCCAACUCGAACGGGAGUCAGUUCUUUUUAACCCUAGCCCCUACACAAUGGCUUGAUGGUAAACACACCAUCUUUGGCCGGGUGUGUGCUGGGAUAGCUGUCGUCAAACAGAUAGGAAUGGUGGAGACUGACUCAGCGGAUAGGCCUGUGGAGAAUAUAGUCAUUCUAAGAGCAUAUCCAGUGGACUGAACCAUUAUUUUUUGCAUCACAUUUUUUGCAUGCAUCUAUGAGAGUAGGCGGGGCGAAACGCCACGUGGUUUGCUGAAUCAGCAUAAUUUUACUUCCUCUCGUUGCGGAUCAAGGAGGCAGGCAUGGCUCUUCACUCGGGCUACCAGCACGAGGUGCUGCGUCAGUGGCAGUCCUCGAGCUGCAGUCGCCUCUCUGCGUACUCUUUCAUCUAUCCCAUCUUCGUCACAGACGACCCUGAGGCAGAUGAAGAGAUAGUGAGUCUACCUGGACAGAAGAGAUACGGUGUGAACAAGCUGGAACAAGCCCUCAGGCCUCUGGUGGAUAAAGGCCUCAUGUCGGUCCUCAUAUUCGGAGUCCCUCGCUCAGCAAAGAAAGAUGGAAGGGGUUCACCAGCAGAUGCAGGAGACAACCCAGCCAUCUUGGCCGUCCAGAGGCUGCGAGAGGUGUUCCCUGGACUCCUGCUGGUCUGCGAUGUCUGUCUGUGUCCCUACACUGACCACGGACACUGCGGUAUACUAAAUGAAGAUGGGUCAAUAAACAAUGCCCCGAGUAUCAAGAGGCUUGCAGAAGUGGCUGUGGCAUAUGCUAGAGCUGGUUGUCACGUGGUGGCUCCGUCGGAUAUGAUGGACAACAGAGUGGCAGCCAUAAAGACUGGUCUGUUAGAGGCUGGACUGGGAGGAAAGGUUGCAGUCAUGAGCUACAGUGCAAAGUUUGCGUCAACUUUUUACGGACCUUUCAGGUGUCUUGCUUGUUUACGUGCGUGGCAACCUUGCGUACUAUAUAUAGCCGAUAGCUUUGACCUCAAGACAAUGGAGAAAUCAUCCCACACGUGGGCUCUACAACAUUGCACGUGAAGCAAGUGCAUAUCGACGACAGUUGGAACCACACAAAAGGGAUGGGACUGUAGCCAUCAGGCAGGGCUAGGGCUAGGCGAACCCACAUACUAGCACACAUACACACCACACAUUAGUCUAGUAUACUGUGUUGAUGUUGAUCACAGGGAUGCGGCUCAGUCGGCCCCAGCAUUUGGUGAUCGUCGGUGCUACCAGUUGCCUCCUGGCUCACGAGGUCUCGCCAUCAGAGCUGUGGAUCGAGAUGUGUGUGAAGGGGCUGACAUACUGAUGGUGAAACCAGGCAUGCCGUACCUGGAUAUAGUCAGAGACGUCAAGAACAAAUAUCCACACCACCCCCUGGCCAUAUAUCAGGUGUCUGGGGAGUAUGCUAUGCUCUAUCAUGGCAGCAAGGCUGGGGCCUUUGACUUGAAGACAGUUGUACUGGAAAGCAUCACAUCCAUGAGAAGGGCUGGUGCAGAGAUCAUCAUCUCAUACUACACUCCGAGUAUCUUGGAUUGGCUCAAGGAGUAGUGCUCGCUUCUGCUAUCAUGUUUCUUCUUGCGUCUAUUGCUUUUUUACGCAUGCGCGUUGUAUGGUAGCUCCACCCCCUUUAUCUGCAGAGCGAUUUCGUUUUAUUUUACGCAUGCGCAGCCCUUAUUACUAAACCGGUCCGACGGAAGACUAGACUAGACACUUUGCAACUUUAAGGGACCAGCUCGCUUCCACAUCUUGACGGGGAAAAGUGGAGACAUGUCUAAGCAGCACCAAGGAGGAAAGGCUUUUGGCCAGCUGAAGAAAGAUCAAGAGACCGCCCUGGACGAGAUGAACCGGAGCUACUUGAGUAGUGGAGACUACGAUGACGUGGAGGACUUGGAGGACAAGCUGGAAUCAUACAAGAGACAAUUUAUGGAGUUCGAUGAAAACAACUCUGGGGAUAUUGAUAUCAUGGAGUUGAAGAGGAUGAUGGAAAAGCUGGGCCAGGCCAAGACUCACUUGGAGCUCAAGAAGAUGAUCGCGGAAGUUGACACUAACAACUCAGGUACAAUCCACUACAACGAGUUCCUAGACAUGAUGCUGGGGAAGAAAUCCACUGUCCUAAAACUAAUUCUGCUGUUUGAGGAGAUGAAGAAGGCAAAGGCGGUGCCAAAGGGUCACCCGCCCAAGAAAGUCCUGACCGACCUUCCAUGAACACACCUGCUCCAGCUGGUCACACAAUAGUCUAUUGAGUUGAGCUUGUUUUAUAUCACGUCUGUUUAGUUUUCGCAAAGUUUGUUUUUUUUGCUACUCCACUAGAUUUUUAUUUUCGUUUUCUGGGUGCGAGAACUGGAAGGAUAAAAAUGGUGGCAUAUUUAAAGCAUGGCUCAAAUGUAGAU